GCAGGUCGACACCUAGUCUCCUCGUUGCAGCCGCUCCGCCAUGCGCGCUCCCGCCUCCCCCGCCGCCGCCUCCUUGUCGCUGCUGCUCAUGGCCACCGUCGUGCUGCUCCUGUCCACGCGGCCUCUGCCCGUGGCAGCCAACUGGUACUCCGAGCUGACGAGCAUGCUGGCGUGUCCGCCGUGUGAGGCCGACAGCUGCGAUGUGGACCCCCUGACGUGCGAGCACGGCACCGCUCGCGACCACUGUCAGCGACUCGUUUGCGCUAAG